GAGCGCAGUUUCUACAAAGCAUAUGAUCUCGUGUAGUCUGGAAGUCGUGGUCGAUAAUUAUAUACAGAUGUGCGAAGCUUGUGGAUCAACAUGAUUCGACGUCGUCUCGCUGUUACGGUUAUAGUCACCGCGGCACUGCUUGGGAUGACUGCCACUCCAGGUCUCGCCGACGGGGGGUGGUGGUGGUGGUGGUGGCAACACUGUCUUCCGGCUCGGAAGAUCCGCGUGAUGCUAGCCUGUUCGGGCAUCGAUUUCGUGCCCCGCUCGGCCUGGGGCGCCCGACCGCCCAAAGGCUGGGAGAAGCUCAAGGUUCAACCCGUUCCGCGCAUGUUCGUGCAUCACACCGAGGGUCCGGAGUGCUUCGACUAUUCGAGCUGCUCGGAGAGGAUGCGUCACUGGCAGAACUUCCACAUGGACACCAGAGACUGGCUCGACCUCGGCUACAGCUUCCUCAUCGGUGGCGACGGGAGGGUGUACGUGGCACGGGGCUGGGAUACGAGCGGCGCCCACACCAAAGGGAAUAACGAAGACGCGCUCGCCGUGUCCUUCAUCGGCGACUUCUCGCGCCACCUGCCGACACCGCGGGCGAUCGAGGCGCUUAGUAGGCUCCUGCAGUGCGGCGUCGCUAUGGGCAAGAUCCGUGCAGACUACACCGUGCAUGGUCACCGCGACGCCAACUGUAGGGCAUGUCCGGGCGACGCCCUGUACGCCUACAUCUCUCGGUGGAGGCGCUUCGGCGGCAGAGUCAACAACUACAUCUGCGAGACGCCUGGGCGUACCGAACCGAGCGCGCCACACUGAGCGGGCCCCGACGGAAAUAUUGGUCAUAUGCUGAAGAUGGUUCACCUACGAAUGCCCUGCGUGUAAAUAACUCAGUUGCAUA